CUGAGAGAAACAGUUAGAAAUCGGAGUAAGAUAGUUGUACUCUACAGCUAUAAUUCUUUCUUAACGCCGAGGUAGUACCGGUGCUGUCAGAAGAAAAACAUUGACUGCAGUACUUAUUACAUCGGACAGAUAAACAACAGUGCUGACGAGACAGCUGCCGAGUUACUUUGUGGUGUUAAUAUCAAAGAUUUGCUUGCCUGCACAGACGGCCUCUCGUAACUCGUCGUCUCGGCAACUAGCUAUGGCCGCUAUCCGUAAAAAGCUUGUUGUUGUAGGCGAUGGUGCCUGCGGGAAAACCUGUCUACUCAUUGUGUUCAGUAAGGAUGAGUUCCCCGAGGUUUAUGUUCCUACGGUGUUUGAGAACUACGUAGCUGACAUCGAGGUAGACAGCAAGCAGGUUGAACUGGCCCUGUGGGAUACUGCUGGGCAGGAGGAUUACGACCGCCUUCGGCCCCUUUCCUACCCAGAUACGGACGUUAUUCUUAUGUGCUUCUCAGUGGACAGCCCCGACUCACUAGAAAAUAUUCCUGAGAAGUGGGUGCCAGAGGUGAAGCACUUCUGUCCCAACGUGCCCAUUAUUUUAGUGGCCAACAAAAAAGAUUUGAGAAACGACGAGAACGUGAGAAACGAGCUUGCCCGAAUGAAACAGGAGCCUGUGAAGACUGAGGACGGCAGGGCAAUGGCAGUCCGUAUUGGCGCUUACGACUACCUCGAGUGUUCAGCAAAGACCAAAGAGGGGGUGCGCGAGGUGUUUGAGACCGCUACACGCGCUGCUUUGCAGAAACGGUCGCGGCCAAAUGGCGGCUGCAUCAACUGCUGCAAAGUAUUGUGAGCACACUGCUGAAGUGUGGACUGUGUACUAGAAAGGACGUGUGUGGGGCUCUUGUACGGUCCCAAUCUCGCCCCCCCCCCAUUCGGCAAGUACCACACCAUAAUGACAAAGACGCAAAUUUUCAGGAACAAAGACCUUGUAAUGUGGUUUUGCUUGCACACAAACGUGGCUUAUUUUUAAGCUCUCGAGUGGAGAAGCGAAAGGCUCACACAAAUUGUCAGGAACAAAGACCUUGUAAUGUGGUUUUGCUUGCACACAAACCUAGCUUGUUUUUAAGCUCUCGAGAAGCGAGGGGAAGACUACAACAUGACUUUAGUGUGCAUGGGGGAUUGUCCAACUUUUUUAGUGCUGUUCUUGUGCUGGGGGGAUUGUUUUGUAUGAAUUAUGAACUCGGCAGCAUUUCCGAGACCUUUACGUUUACAGAAACCUCCUCUGCUGUAUGAAGACUCUUACUCCGUACAUCAGUGCUUUUUGAAUUGGAAACUGAGAAAAAUCUGUCUGAAUAGACAAAAAGACGAAACUUGUAAGUCGACCGCUGGUCCAGAGCCGUGCUAUUGGAAAUAUGUGAAAGUUUUCAGAAAUUAUUGGGUGUUGUGACCAAGUGAAACUGAAUUGUAGAGUGACAGUAGACAUAAGUAACAAGAGGGAAUUGUUUUUUCUAGCAUAUGUACUAAAAUGUUACAUUGAGCAGUGUUUGCUAUUAAAGCCUUUGUGCUUGUAAUGAAACUGCCCUGUUUUUACUGGAUGUAGUGUUAAGACAUUUUCAUGUCUUGUUACAUCCUCGGUUUGCACUUAUAAUUGUAUACAUUUCUAAGGAGAUGUUCCCUCCCCUAUUACAUUUCUCUGGGAGGGGUGCUAAUAAAGUUUAUGGGUGGGGUAAAUGUCUACUCUUGAAAGUGCUUUAGUUUUGCAGCACUGAUCACCUGAAAUAACCCGCAUUUUUGCCUUCAGAUCAAGUGACUAAUAUAUACGAGUCUUUCAUACUGGUACUGAUGUCUACUUAAAACUGACACAAAGGCUGAAGUUUGAAACUGUUUACAUAAUAUGAUGGAAGAUUAAAACUUAUGUAUACUUUUUAUAAAGGAACCAUUAAAUAAUAAUAUGAACUA